UCUUGGCAUACUUCACACCGGAAACAGUAUUUCGUCAUUUUGGCGCGUGAAGUGUAUUUUCUUGCUGCGGCCAACUUUAUCUCCAUAUGAAUCAUCAGUUGUUUUAUUAAAUGUAGAUCAUACGACAGAAAGCCUUACCGUUAUCACAGUGUUGUCCAAUCGUCCUUUACUCUUUGCAGAUGACUGUUUAAGCUAUUUAAAGUUUUUUUUUGUUGUUGUAAUUUUAGAAAUCAAGUUAACGAUUUGCAAAACAUCAGAGUUGUUUGUUUUCAGGACGGACAAGACAAUGAAAACAACAACUAACUCCAUGGAUAAAGAUGCACCUCUACCCCUGUCAGCGCUGCAGAUUAUAGCUCCACCACUGCGGCUGAUGUCUGCAGCCAUGUGGAAGGUGAUGGUGAAGAGGGAAGUGGUGUAUUAUGGGAAACUGGAGGAGAUCGUAACAUCACUCUGUGAGACUGUACCUGGGUUGCUCCAUUACAGACAUCAGGCCAGGCUGACAAUGGGUUUGCGGGCACUGAUGAUCUUAGAGGAGCUUCGUCAGUCUGAUCCUCCUGAUGCUCAGCAUGUUCUUGAGGAGCUGCACAAGCUGCAGGUUUCCUCCAAUCUCAACGGAAGGAGAAAGGAUCAAAAGGUGGAGGAAGCUAAAGACAACUUCCAAACCCUGGUGCAAUCUCUCCUGAAGAACACAGCAGCCAGAAAACAAUUCUUCAAGGAGGAAUUCCAUCUUCACUAUGGAGAAAACUAUGCGGCCAGUUUAGAGAAGCUAAUGUGGGAGUUUAUAAUCCGAGUGGAUAAGCUAUUACCUGUUCCAGAUCUGGCUCAGACAGUCUCAUGGCUCAGUGGUGCCCCUGCUGUUCUGGAGGAGUGCGCGCGCUCUGCCUCGCAGCCCCAACUCCUCAGGACUCUGCUGCAGCACGAAAGAUGCGUCGGACACCUCGGCUCAGCAUCUCUUCUGUCAUCCACUGGUGACGUGAUCCUGACUUCUCUUUCCCUCCCUCUUUCGGGUAGAGUGCUGCAGACUAUUCAGUCAGAACCCACUUCCACAUCCAACAGAGUCACAACUCCGGCCAGAGCCACUCGCAGAACAGCAAAAGAAGCCCAGUCACAGGUCACACCUGUGAUUGGGUCCAUUUCCAAUGACGAUCUCCAAAAAAACAAUGAGAAAGUAGCAUCCAGUUUGGGACAAGAAGUCAAAUCGUCUUCGGAUAUAUCCAGAAAUACCAGGAGCAAACUAAGUUUAUGUUCUAAAAAACAGAUUUUAGAGAAGGAUCCAGAACAGGACAAUUUUGUCGGGAAUAUGUUGGUCACAGUGAUCAGUCAGUCAUCUAGCAGUGAAGUAGAAGAGGAGGAGGAGGAAGAGGGCAGCAACAAAGAGGAGGAGAGUAAUGAGAGGGCAAACAAACUACCCAAAAAGACUGGAGUUAAGAACAUAAAUGAAGAAAGAGGUGGUAAUGUUGCCAGGAAAUGCUCCACCAAGAGAAACUUUGAGGCCAUCGAGUCACAGGAAGAAGCACUCCGCAUUUCCUGUGUGAAGCGUCAACUGAGAGUCGUCCUUCCCAGAUUAAACAUCAGCAAUGCCGAUCUUCCUGUCCACCUGAAUCAUCCACCUGCUGAGAAGCAAAAUACAAGGUCUCCAGGCCAGCCUACUUCAAAAGAAAGAGUGGGAAACGGUGUCUCUAAGCUGCGGAAAAGGAAACAUAUUGAUUCGAGUUCAACGCCUGAAAAACACCUGACUUUAUCAGUCAAUCAGUUAACUUCUUCAUGCUCCCCGUGUAUUCCACUUGUGCGUCUUCCAAUCGGUAUUCCAGAAACACCAUCUCCCUCAGUUAAGUCAUCAGAUGACAUCAUAGGUGAUUCUGAUGAUGACACAAUAGACAAUGUGAAGAGAAAGGUAUUCAAUCAGCAGUAUUGCAAAACAAAGAAUGGUACAUAUGUGCCCACUCUCCGGGAGUUCUGGAAUCCUGUGUUUUGUUUCCCAUUGUCUCCUGGAAGCAGACAUUGAUGCAGAAAUUCUUGCUUAAAUACUUUAAUGCUGCAGUUUUUGCUGUUAUAGACAGUACAAGUCUCAUAUUUUAUCAAGAGACAUAAGGUCCUUACUUUGUUUUAUGUUUGUAACCACAGAAACCUACCUGCUUUUUUAGGAAGUGUGCGCAUUUAUUAUUAAAAUAAUCUAAUUUUAUUUUUAAUCUAUGUAUCUUGAUCAUGUAGGAUUAUGUUGUUGUUGUUGUUAUGUAAAGAAAUAUAUUACAAUAAAGAAUUUUGUCCAGUGCUA